AUGUCGCUCGGACAUUCCUACUUGGCCUCAAUACUGACCUUAACGGCAGGCCCUUCGGACGUGACCGACGUUGAGAACCUCAAGGUCACGACGACGAUCACGAACACGGGCGACGAAACGCUCAAGCUCUUCAAUCAUCCGCGUUCCGCGCUGAGCAAGCUCCCGGCGAACACCUUCGUCAUCGGAAACUCCGCCGGCGCGUCGCCAAAGUUUACGGGUGUCUACGCGAAGUACUCGAUGGACCACAUCGUCGCGAAGAACAGCAGUGCCUUCACAGUUCUUGCGCCCGGCGAAUCUGUCGACAAGGAGCACGACUUGAGCGCUGCAUACGACUUUACCGACUCGGGCGAGGACGCGUACGACUUCGACACGGACAAGACCUUCUACCACCUCGCCGACAACGGGACCAUCGUUCCCCUCGAGGCGUCCACGUCGAAACACUCCGCGAAGCUCGCGGGCAAGCUCGCCGUCGCGCGCCUGCCCAUCUCGAAGCGCGCAGACUUCAACAAGUGCAGCAAGACGCAGAGCUCGCAGAUCAACGACGCCAUCGAGGCGGCGACGAACUACGCGGCGGAGGCGUACGAGUUCCUCUCCGACCACAACAGCACGACGAAGCGGUACAAGACCUGGUUCGGCAAGUUCAACUCGACGCGCUACGACAAGGUCUCCUCGCACUUUCAGCACAUCCACGAGGGCGACUACACGAGCUUCAAGUACGACUGCUCGUGUGAUGAGGAUGGCACCUUCGCCUACGUCUACCCAGAGGACUACGGCGUCAUCUACCUCUGCCCGGCUUUCUGGGAGGCCGAGACGACCGGCACGGACUCUCGCGGGGGCACCCUCAUCCACGAGGCGUCGCACUUCAACAAGAAUGGCGGGACGGACGAUAUCGUUUACCAGAAGGACGGCGCCAAGGAUCUCGCGAAGAACAAGCCCAGCCAGGCGGUCAUGAACGCGGACAACCACGAGUACUUCGCGGAGAACCACCCCUCCCUAUCUUAA